CCCGACGUUCCAAAUUACGCUCGGCGUUCUCCCCAGUAAGACCUCGCGGUUCACUCAGUCCUAGACUACAGCCACGAGACUUUGGGGGUUCCCUUCGAAAGGAGAAAAUACGAGAGAGAAACUGAAACGAACGAAAAAGAGACAAGGAUAGAAAAACAACAACUGGGGAGAACCACGGAUCGCAAAAAAACCGUUCAAUUGAAAACGUAUAACUUAAUAAAUACGCCACGUAAUUUUCUUAUACAUAGAAACUUGAAAACUGAUAACACGAGCGAAAAACAAAAAAAAAAAAAAAAGUAGAAAGAAAACCGCGUACAACGAGAUAUUUGACGGAGACCGUUGACCGGAAAGGGUGCAUUUCAAAGAAGCCGAUAACGGAAGCGAGGAAUAGUUGGAGCUGAUCUGUCGCCUUAAACUACCGAUCGAAAAGAGAAUAGAAGAAAGUCAAGAUGGCUGCGUUCGUCGCGAAGCAGAUGGUCGGCAACAAACUCAACGCUGUCAAAGGGGCGGUGGGCAGCGAUGGGGGAGACGAAGAUGACAAGGAGAAGGAAGAGGAGGCAGAGAGGGAACGACAGGAGGCCAUCAGGGAAGCUGAGGAACGACGAAAGGAAAAACACCGCAAAAUGGAAGAAGAGCGUGAAAAAAUGCGGCAAGAAAUCAGAGACAAGUAUAACAUAAAGAAACGAGAAGAAGUGCAAGAAAUGAUGCCACAAGAGGAACCGAAUCCUCUUAUGCGUAAGAAAAAAACUCCCGAAGAACUCGCCGCUGAAGCCGAAGCGGAAGACGAGGACGAGUUCACCAAAUUGAAGAACACGAUAGAAGAGCAAGUUAACGAGCUUAAAACUAAAAUUGAAAGCAAAUGCAGCCUCCAAUGAGUAUACUCCCUCUUCAGCGACCGUCAGUGAUGGGAACAGGUACGAGAGGAAAAGAGAACGACACCUGGGAAAUCGAGCGAAAAUUGUUGAAAAAGAAAAAAACCAAAAUUAUUAAAUAAACUAAAAAUGAAAAUAACGAAAAUCACAAGAACCAAAAUACCGUGAACAUCACAAUACGCCUGCGUGAAUCAUAUAUAGAGCUAUACCGCUGAAAAGAGAGAAUAAUUAUUUUGAAAAAAAACAAACAAGCAAACGAAACAAUAAAAAUCAAAACAAUAUUAUGAUCAUGAAUUUAUAGCCACCAUUUUCGAUAUCUGCUGCAUAAUAUUCGUUACAAAGAGAUCCUCAUCUUCAAUCUCGUUAUCUUAGGAUUGAUUCUCGGUUAUUUUGUUUUUAUCCUCAUUAAUUUCCAAGUUCAUUUUGGUUCUGCCUCUCUGAACUGUAAUUCAAAAACUACAAAUAUAAUUAGAGAACAAAUGGAAAUAAAAUCAAACAAGAUAAAUCAUGCACACCGAAGAAACGAGAGUGACGAUGACUACGGGGAUAUGAACAAGAAUAACUGAAUAAAAAAUAUCUUCAUCAGAUGCAGAACGAAGCGAAUUGAAUACGCAUAUAGUACAGAGUACAUCCGUUCUCUAUUGACGAAUAUAUUGUACACUGCGCGUAUCGAUUACUGAUUGGUAAACGGAUCCACUUCACAGAGAAAUAAAAGCUUUUUUUCCUAAAUUUUUAACGAAUCGAAAACUGCAAAUAAAAAAUUUCAAUAUCUGAGCAAUUUGAAAACGUAUGCAAGUAUAUCGUAUGUAUACAUCGCAGGUUUACGUAGAAAAAAGCGUGCGCGACGAAGAGGAAAUUUCAUUAACCAAAAAAAAAAAAACCAGAACCAUAUAACAAAAAUCAUGAGAACGAUGAAAAGUAUUGGCGGAUUGGCUGAGAACAUACACCGACGACUGCUGGAUAAGAGAGGGAAACAAGACACGAAACUGGAGAAAAAUAUUAAUAAAACAAAGACUGUAACAAUUCUAGAGCCGGUCAAAAUGAUGAAAACGGAAAAAAAAUUUGAAAAAAAGAGGAAAGUUAAAGAUAAACGUGAAUCCCGAGAAUAUGAUAACUGUACAUAAGUUGUAAAAAAAAAAAACCAAAGAAAUGAUAUGUAUGGUUAUCAUGCAAUCGGUCGACGAUCGUGAUUAUUAUUAUGAUAAAGUAAUAAUAAUUAUGAUAACAAUAACAUUAAUGAUAAAACUAAUGAUAAUCAUAAUUGAACGUCGUCUAACCCGACCGUGUUGUAGUUUUAUAGCGCGAGCAAAACGAAAAGAAAUAAUGGUCGGUAUAUGCAAAAAAAAAGAGAGAAUAAUGAAGUUAUUUAAUAUAAAUGGAUGGAUGAAAUAAUGAAGAGAUGGAAUACCUUGCGACGAAUAAAAUAACACCGACAAGUGAAAAACAAGAAAAAAAAUAAUUUGUUAUUGAAUUAUGCUGCGAAUGCUGCUUGUAACAUAAAAAUUAAUUUAGACGAUUAGAUUGAACAUUAGCAUAAAAAUGAUACAGCUUAAAAAAAUGAACAAAAAAAGGUAACAAAAUGAAGAAAAUGGAAAAUGAAAAAUAAAAUAUGAUUUUUGUUAUCCAUACCCCUAUAACAUUCGUUUGGAUAUACAAGGUGUAAUGAAUGAAACAGUUAUAUGCGUAUUUAUAUAUACAUAUGUAUGUACGUAACAACAAUAACAAAAAGAUUAAUUUAACCAAAUUAAUGAAUGAAGAAAUGAAUACACACACGUAUAUAAAUACAUACAAAUAGUAAGGAAAAGAAGAAAAAAGUAUAGUUUAUAAGUUUGUAGUAAGUUACGUGAAUAAACAUAGUGAUCGGUGAAAAGUUAGUACCUAGUUAGAUUCAAGCGACGGCUGUUUCAGUAAUAAUAAUUAUUAAUAAUUAAUAAUUAAUGAUAACGGAUAACGAGAAAUAAUAAUAAUAAUAUUAGUAAUAACGAUGAAUAAUUACUAAAUAACUGAUAGAUGAAGAAUAAUGAUAAAUGGAGGUAAAAUGGAGUAAUUAAUAUUUGUAUUUAGACAACAACAGAAAAAAAUAAGAACAACACAGAUCGAGGCUAGAGAAGGAAGAAGAUAAAGACGAAGACAUGAGGAAAUUUUCAUGAAUCAGAUGAACAAAUUAACGAUUGAAUGACGAAUGAAUGAACGAAUGAAUGAAUAGAUCGUAUUAUAAUCGAAGUUAAAAUUGGGCCCAUCAGCUGUCCCAUCGCGUGUUCUUAAUUCCUCGAUGCAUCGUUAGAUGAUUAGUUAAUCGAAUAAUUACCAAUUAAAUAAUCAAUUUUCUAAUUGAGGAAAAAAGUACACCAUUAUACGACCAAAACUAAUCACCGAAUACACCAUGUAAGACAGUUGAAGGCUCCGACUUGGUCCCUCGAGAAAGAAAAUGAAUAAAAAGCGAGUGAAUAAAAAAAAAGCGAAUGCCUUACUUUUCAUGUAAUAAACGUAUUAAAGAAGAAUUAAAAAAAUCAAAAAAUCUAGCGUAUCACGUUGAUUUUGAGUAGUGAAGAAUAAAAUUAAAAAUAAAAACGAGAGCACUCGUUAGUAAGAAAAUAAAAAAGGCUUGAAAAAAUAAUAAAAUGAAAAUUAUGUUACAAAAAAAAAAUUCAAAUAAAAUAAAUAAAUGAAUAAAAUUCGAUAGUUCGACGUGCCAAUGCGCAGGUUAAUUGAAAAUAAAAAAAUUAAUGAUCGAUUAUGAUGUAUUAUAACGCAGUUCGACUAGCUUAAAAAAAAUAUGAAAAUAAAAACCAAAGAAGAAAAUUUAUCGGGGUUAAAUUUUACAUACGUGUCUAUUUGUACAGCGGUCGUAUUAUAAUAUUUUUCCAAAAGAGAUCCGGUAUAUCCCUUAUCAAAAAGAAAAAAAGAAAAAGUUCUCAUCGGUAUUUUGCUUAAGAAAGUAUAAAUAAUCUAAUAUGUAAGGUAAAGAAAAAAAAAAUGUUGAACCGUUUUUGUAUAUGACGAUAAACAAAUUGUAUUUUUUUAUUUCUCCUCUCUCUCUAUAACGCGAAACAAAAAAAAAAUUAAUUGAUUAAUCGAAGCUCUAUUAACUCUGCCUAUAACUUCACUAUUCGACUGUUUAUUAUUUCCAUUGUUACAAUAACUGUUGCAGAUGGUAUCGUUACUAUCACAGAUGUGAAAAUAAAAUCGGCAAGUCUGAAAAUUGAAUAAAACAUAAAACAAAAAUAACCAAAUGACAUAAGUUAGAAUGGCACGAAUCGAACGCUACAAAAAUUUUUCCAUGUGCAAAUAGAAAAGCGAAGGAAGAAUUCUCAAUUAAUUUUGGAAUGGACAAUUAAACUAUUGAAAAAAAACGUAUGCGAUGUUGUCUCAAUAUUAAUACUAACUUGAUAUUGUCGAGCACGAAUUUUUGGGAGUGAGAAAAAAAAGUGUAUUUAUCUUUCGGAAACUGUCAUUGCUGUUCGACAGUAUUCACUGAUGUUGUAAUUAAUUUGUUUCUUUGUUUUCUGUUCCCAAAAAUUCGUGCCCCGUCUAUCUUUCUCUAUCUCUGUCUCUAUCUAUUGAUCCUGUCUAUCUAUUUAUCUAUGUGUAUGUAUUUUCCGUGUGUAUAUAUAUGUGUGUAUAUACCUAUUUCACUGUAUUUCCUCCUGUUAUGAAAAAAAAAUUUGACACAAAAUCCGGUCCGAAUACCUGUUCAUUCAAAUGAAAGCAAAUGAAACAAUGAAAAAAAAAUCAACUGUCUGAUUGAUGGAAGUAAAAUCUGAAUGUGUACAACUGCAAUUACGAUACCGAAUGAGAAUUCUCCUCUAAUUCCUAAAAUGCUUGAUUUGACGAUCAAUCAAUCACACUCCAACUGUGAGAAAUAAAAAAGCAACAAACGAACAAUAUGGAGGACUCGCCUAACUCUGUCUUCAGGAAUUCGGUCAGGUUUAAUGAAACAACCAACAGCUACAACAACCCCUUAAUUAUUCUGUCUCGUGUUUCGUGUCUCGAUGUCGUCGCAUGCUUCUGUCUUGUCUACAUAUACAUAUGAAAUAUGAUAAUAUAUGUACAUUAUACUCAUAUAUAUUCGCCUGUUUGUGAUCUAUGUCGCGCGAUGUUGCAGUAUGGUGGCUAAAAAGCAAGAUAUAUGUAUACACAUAAAUCAAAGAACAAAAAAUACAACAGAAAUACAAAAUCUUCGUUGCGGUUUUCUAUCGUCACUAUAGUUACAUAGCGGUAUUUGAUUUAUCGAUUCGUUUUCUUUCAUUCUUUUCUAUUUCAACUACAUCUCAAACGGAGCAAAAGAACAUUCCAUAUUACACAUAUAUAAUUGCGCCGCAUGUGACACGCGCUAUUUUCUCUCUAUAUGAUCAAUUUUCUACACUCUAAGUAAUUAGAAAAAAAAAAGAAAACAAGAAAGAAGGAAAAAAAUAAUUAAAACAACGCUAUAUCAUUAAACAACCUCCUAAUAAUGGUACAUAGCAUACAUAUAUUUAUAUAUAUAUACAUAGCUGCGUCCUCGUGAACAAUAAAAAAACAAAAAAACUAGACGCAAAACACAAAAGAGAAAUAGGUACUCAUAUUGCGUAUACCUAUAUUAUCAUGUAUAAAAAAUGAAUAAGUAUAUAUAUAACACCCGGCAGAAAUAAAGCGAAGAAAUGAAUAAAUAAAUGAAUAAAUAUAUAACGAGAAAAAAAAACUUCAAAUUAUCUAAAAAUGAUACUUCAAGUCAAUUACUUAAUUAAACUCAAAUAUAUAUUGUAUAUCGUAAUCAACCAAUUAAUUAAUCAAUUUAAUCAAAAGAUCAUCAGUUAUAUUGGAGAUGAAAAAAAACUAUUAAUCACGUAAAACGCAUAAAAGAUUGAAUUCAUGUGAACAUUCCCUAGAAAGAAAAAAAUUUAACACGAAAUUGAGGUAGAAAAAUGAAUAAAUCGAAAGAUAUAAAAACAAGGAUAACUAUAUUAAUAUUGUUGAAUUUCAAAAUUUAAUAUGCGUUGAUUAUUUUUCGGUAUACAUAAUUAUUCGUUAUUGUUAUUGUUCAAUCUUCUCUAUACACCACACACGACAAUGAUAGAGAAAAGAAAAAUUCCUCAUCAUCUCUAUGUAUAUCCUGGCCCAACCUACAACCACACAGAACACACGAUUUACUUCGAUGUUUGUACUUGAUGCAUGAAUUAUGUAAAAAUCUAGUUAUAUUAUACUUAUAUCAUUAUCUUUGUCUCUAUCUCUAUCUCUAUCUCUAUAUCUAUCUCUUACUCGAUUCUAUAUAAUUAUUAUCUAUGUAUCUAAACUAAAACUAGACAAGAAGGAAGAAAAUGAAAAAAAUGCAAAAAAAAGAAAAAAUGGAAAUGAAAAAUAGAAAGAAUAAAUAGAGCUAUACGUGUACGACAGAUAAUUUUAGAUAAACAAUAUUGUCAAAUUACUGUUAUUCAUAGUAUGAUAUUCUAUACUAUAAUAAAAUGUAUGAUAAGAUUAUCACCUAUACCAAUCACCCGAUUACAUACCCAAAACGAAGAGAAAAAAAGCAGAAUUUAAAUAAACGAAAAGAAAAAUUAUCCUGUCGACCAAAAUAGUAAUAAAAAAAAACUGAAGUGAUUACGAAGAAGAUGAAAACAAUAUAUACACACGUACAUUCCUGGCAGUUGUUAGUCUCGAGUAAUUUGUCUAAUUAUUUCUCUCUCCUUUCGUGUAGUUUCGUUUAUUUCAUUCAUUUACCGAUGAUGAAAAACUUAAUCAACGCGGAACGUACUUUGCAGCAGAUCAUUGAUUCGAAAUAGAUGAAUUUAAAUAAUUUAUUUAUUUGUCGUGUAAUUACUAUUCUUGCUACCGUGUUGUCGAUGUUGUUGUUAUUUUCAUUACUACUAUUAUUAUAACGAUUAUUGUUAUUAAUGUUGACAUCAUCAUAUUUAUUAUAAUUAACGCUAUUAUCACAUAGUAUACAGAUAAAUGAAACAGCAAAAACCAUGACACACACAGGAAGAAACAACAAUAACCGAAAAAAAAAGCAUAAUUAAUUGUUGUCUAUUGUUGUGUAAUAUUGUAAGUUUAAUUAUUAUAUACAUAUAUACAUACUAUACAUAUAUAUUUGCUAUGCUGCAGCUGUUUAUAUAUACGUUAUACAUAAAUGCGGUGUUGCUAAGCUACUGUUGCUAUUAAUGUCGUACUGUUGUUGUUUCUCGAUAUUCAGUAAGUGAAACACAAGAGGGGGAAAAAAUAAUAAUUGUUUUACUUUGCAUAAUCGUAUUAUUUAUUGUUGAAUAUAUACUGAUAUACGAACGUGGUUCAAUUCGUAUGUAUGAAAAAACCAAAAGAAAAAAAAUGAGAGGAAAGAAAGAAAAAAUAAUCGAAAAAAAAACGAGAACAUCAAUAUCGUAAUAAAUUAACCCCGAUCCGUAUCAGCCCUAUCCUAUUUAAUUAUUAUUCAUUAAUAUAGUCGCCCUGGUUGCCUAUGAGAUAUCGGAAACGCGGGGAUGAUCGGUACAUAAAGUUUAAAGUGAGUAAAAAAAACUUAAAAAGAAGAAGAAGGAUUUUUUGAAAAUCUCUUUAACAUACUUUCGUUGUUUCAUUAUAAUUAUCACGAUACGUGUUGAUUAAAUAUUUAUACACUUAUUAUAGUAAAAUUGGAAAAAUCCCCGCGUGUUUCGGCCCAAUUAAAUGAAUUAAUAGAUAUUCGCUACCGCCCUCUUUUAAUCUUCGUCUUUUUCAACCUCGAUGAGAAAAAGAAAAUCACACACGAAUACACACGCGCGAGCGAACCAAUGGGCGCAGAAGGACUAUGAAAAAAAAAACGAAAUAAUACGACCGAAAAAGAGUUAGAGAAAUAAAUUGGCGUUAAGAUAAAUUUCAACAAUUUCACAAACUGCACCGCACACGCACAGAUACACGAACACGAACACACCGCGAAUGAUAAAAUUUGAAUUGAACAAAGAAAGAAAAUAAAUAAAUAAAUGAAUAAUGAUGAAAGAAAAACACUUGAAUAAUAAGCAUUAUUAUACAAGAAGAUCUUAUUAUGUAUAGAAUCGCACGGCGCGUUCGUUACAAGUUGAUUAAUUAAUAACGCAUAUAUUAACUAAUAACUAUUAUUAUCCAAUAUUUAUAUACGCGUUUUACAUAAUUAUUAAGAUAAUUAUUACGGAUGAUGAAUUAAAGGUUACUGUAGUACGAGAAAAGUUGAGGAAAAGUAAGAAAAAAAAAAAAAAAAAAAUUAAAUAAAAUAUUGAAUAAAUAUUUCAAUAUAUCAGGGUCUCGAAUUAAAAAUCCCUAGAUAUACGCUAUCACAUCGUCUUCUCAUCGGCAAUAUUUCAUUUCAUGAGAAUAAAAAAAAAUUAAAAAAAAAAAAAA